CCGUGUCUCUCCGGGCAGCUGGGGGAUUUCCUGGGCGGAAGCAGUGGAGGGGGUUUCCAGUGUGAUCAGCCCAGUCCUCCCCGCUGGAUCAGAGAGCUGGAUCCCAGAGACUCUCCCUCUCAGCCCGGACACGCAGAACCCCGAACCCAGACCCACGGACCAUGAAGAGCCCGCCACAGGCCCCGAGGCUCCGAGGCAGAGCCAGCGGCGGGUCGACGGUUUGAAUCCCGGAGAGAGUCCGCCGAGGAGCCGCUGAGCCGAGCCGAGCCGAGCCGAGCUGUGGCCUGUCCAGGAGAUUCAUGUCAUGUCAGCAGGGAGGAGUGGUGACGGGAGGGAGGUGCAGAUUCCCCUCCAGCAGGUGGCGCCCUCCAUGGCCACGCCUCUCUCGGUGGUCCCACCCAUCACGCCGCCGUCUCAUCGCCCAGCCAAUCCCUGGCCACCUAACGACCCCAACAGCUCACAAGGUGUUCCUGCGGGCUUCCUGCCUCUUCAUGGAGGCUUCAGAGACCACUUUGUAGAAACUCCUGAAGCCAAGUACUGCUGCGAGGCCUGCAGGCUGGUCCUGUGUCAGCCCCGGCAGACCGAGUGUGGACACCGCUUCUGUCAGAGCUGCAUCAACGACAUCCUCAGCCAUCCAAACCCGGUGUGUCCAGCCGACAUGGAGCCUCUGUUCAAGGACAAGAUCUUCAGAGACGUUUGCUGUCAUCGGGAAAUCAUGGCGCUGAAGGUUUACUGCCGCAGUGAAGCUAACGGCUGUCAGGAGCAGAUGAGUCUGCAGCAGAUACCUGAUCACCUGAACGUGUGUCCGUUCUUCGAGGUGCCGUGUCCGUUCGGUAAAUGUAAAGAGCGAAUGAUGAGGAAGGAGAUCCCUGACCACCUGAACAGGAAGUGUAAACACAGAGAGACCAGCUGUGAGUUCUGCCUGACCAAGAUGCCGCUGACCGACCUGCAGAAACAUAAAGAAACGGUGUGUCCGGCAUUCCCCGUGUCCUGUCCAAACCACUGUUCCUUCCCGUCUCUGCCCCGCAGUGAGCUCUCCAGUCACCAACAUGACUGUCCCAAAGCUCAGGUGAGCUGUCAGUUCCACCGCUACGGCUGCACCUUCAAGGGUCUGAAUCAGGAGAUGAGGCAGCACGAGUCCACCUUUGCAGCUGAACACCUGAGGAUGAUGGCCAAUCGGAACGCAAGCUUAGAGAAGAAGGUAGAGGACGUUAAAGGUGAGCUGUUGGAGAGGUACAAGGUUCUUCCUGCUCUGAACAGCCGCCUGUCAGAGCUGGAGAACCAGCACGACGAGCUGCGAGAGAAGAACCGACAGAUGGAGCAGAAACUGGCCACCAUGCAGAAACUGAUGAGCUCUCACUCAGAGAAGCUAUUGGAGGUGGAGCUGGAGCUUCGGUCUCUGCGUCUGCUCAGAGAGGAAGUGGAGAACCUGAGAGGAACGCUGGACAACGUGUGGACGAGGCUGAACGCUCUGGAGCAAGGAGGGCGUGGCGGGACGGGAUCCACGCACACGCUAGCCUCUCUGGAGACUCAGCUGAAGCGACAGGAUGACAUGCUGAGCGUCCACGAGAUCCGAUUGGCCGACAUGGACCUUCGUUUUCAGGUGCUGGAGACAGCGAGCUACAACGGGACUCUGAUCUGGAAGAUCCGCGACUACAAGAGGCGGAAACAGGAAGCAGUGGCUGCCAAGACGCUGUCGCUGUACUCGCAGCCGUUCUACACGGGAUACUUCGGCUACAAGAUGUGCGCCCGGGUCUACCUGAAUGGAGACGGGAUGGGCAAGGGGACGCACCUGUCGCUGUUCUUUGUGGUGAUGAGGGGCGAGUACGACGCCCUGCUGCCGUGGCCGUUCAAACAGAAGGUGACUCUAAUGCUGAUGGAUCAGGGUCCAUCCAGGAAACACCUUGGAGACGCCUUUAAGCCCGACCCCAACAGCAGCAGCUUCAGGCGCCCGGUGGCGGAGAUGAACAUCGCGUCAGGCUGUCCUCUGUUCGUGUCUCAGAGCGUCCUGGAGUCUGGCAGCUACAUCAAAGACGACACCAUCUUCAUCAAGGUUACCGUGGAUACCUCUGACCUUCCUGACCCGUGACCUCGCGUCUCCUGACCUUUGACCCAGCUGGUCUGAUAUCAGCUGACCUGUCCAUGCCCAGCAGAGCAAAGGAUGAUGGGAAGGAUCGAGGGACGAUGUAGGAGGCCCGUCGGUCAGAGCGAUGCCGACAGACGAGAAGAAAAAGAGUGAGUCAGGAAGCAACCAAUCAGAGUGGACUUUACAGAGACCAGAGGGCGGGGCCUCUUCUGAUUGGCUGCUGGACUACAGAGCAGUGUGUGUGUGUGUGUGUGUGUGUGUGUGUGUAUGUGUGAAUGGAUCAGCGUUACCAUGACGUCACCAUGGUGAUAUCACUCAGAGCUGACAUGGCCGCCAAAGCCAGGACGGUGUCGCUGCUCAUUACUGAUGCUGUGCAUCAAGCUUUUCUUCCUGUUUAUUACCUGUUUACUAAGGCAUGCUGGGAAAUCAAGUGCAGUCACAGAGGAGCUCAGAACACUACGACGACCAGGACGGACGAGGGCGGCAUUGGUCUGACCUCGCUAUUGGCCACGAACACCUGAAUGACUGCAAAGAACUCGCCAUGAACCAACGUCAGCAAAGAACGCGCCAUGAACCGACGUCAGCAAAGAACGUGCCAUGAACCGACGUCAGCAAAGAACUCGCCAUGAACCGACGUCAGCAAAGAACUCGCCAUGAACCAACGUCAGCAAAGAACACGCCAUGAACCGACAUCAGCUACCCAGGAUUUAUGUUGAGUUGUAUCAAUUUAAAGUUGGCGAUCUGUUGUACCUCGUUGCUGAUCCAGUGACGGUGUUUUUGAUUGGUCAGAAAAGUUGGCAUUGUUGGAACCUCGAGUCCAGUUCAGACCAAAGAUUUACGGCGCAGUGAGACCAUUUUAGAGCGUCACGGGGGGGGGAAGUUGCUGCUCAGAUCUGGGCAGCAAUUUGUUUAGAGAGGUUGCCAACAGCUGGUUUUCAAACUUAAGAAUGCCAUAUGUUUUAACAACCAAUCAGUGCCUUCCCUCAUCUUCUGGGAGACGUCAUACAGAGCUACAGUAGAUAUUUAUCAACAGUUAUGGCUCAUCAUGCCAAAAAAACAGGAGGUAAACACCAGCCGCCGUCUUCAGCAUGAUAGCAGAUAUUUAAGACAUUUAUGCUGAGUUCUUUUGGGAAGAACAAGUGUGGGAGGACCUACUGUUUUGUGUUUUAUCAAAGAAAACAAAAUUUAUGUUGGUUUUAACUCGUAUGUUUUUUUUGUUUUUGUGGGGGUUUUGGAGCUAAAGGUUAAAGUGGGCGGGGCUUUAAAGAGUAAAGGUUGAAAACAGACGCUCUAAACAACCAAACUAGGGUGAGAAAUCCACCAGAGAUGGGACAUGUCCAGCCUUUAAAUCACCUCUGGGUAUUCCGUUGAAGGUCCGACAGGCGGCUCCAAAGUCUGGAUCCUCUGGAUUUUAUGUUUCUGAUAAAGCAGCUGUAGCAGAAGCGUCCCUCAUUGGUUCUGAAUUAUGAGCAGAUAUGAGACCGGUCUGAAACGCUGAAGUGGAGCAGUUUUUGCAACGAUCCGUCAUCUCUGCCGGUUCCAGCGGUGUCAGCAGACGGGAUUGUUGCAGCGCGGUUUGAGUCUCGGCUCAUCUGUUUGUGAAUCUUUGGUCUGGACUGGACUCCAAAAGAACUGAUGAAUAAACCCUCAGAUCAGAAUCUUAUUUUAACAAGGUUUUUGGUGUCAGCCAUGAUUCUACUACAGACCACAGGAACCAGGACAGGAACUUUGUCAGUUUAAGGAGACCCAGAGAAAACCAGUUUAACCACUAGGGGAGGGUAAAACCCAACAUGAGGUGUUUCUACCAAAGUUAAGGAACAAGAACCAGUAUAAACCAGUAAAGACAGGGAUUGUCAGUAAGCCAUGGCAACAGACGCCAAGGAUCAGGAAGUUUUUUGUCUUUGGUUUACAGAGUUCCUGGUCAAAAUCUGGUCUACAUAAAAGUUUUCAGGUAAAGUUCCUGAUAUGUACCAGUAAAUGUUCCUGAUGUCUUCUGGUAUCAUUCCUGGUACAUACUAGUGAAUGUUCCUGUUGUAUCCCAGUAAAAGUACCUGGUAUGUACCAGUAAUAGUUCCUCUUUUGUCUCCUAGAUCAAGUAAAGGUUCCUGGUAUUUUCUAGUAAACUUUCAAAAAGUAUCUGUUGUACUACAGUAAGAGUUCCUGGUUAAAAUCUGGUCUACAUAAAAGUUUUCAGUUAAAGUUCCUGAUUUGUGCCAUUAAAGUUCCUGGCACAUACCAAUAAAGGUUUCUAGUAUAUCCCAGUAAAUGCUCCUGGUAAAAGUUCCUAGUUUGCCCCAGUUAAAGUUCCUAGUAUGUACUAAUAAUUGUCAAGGAAAAGUUUCUGCUACUAAAUAUUCCUGGUUUGUCCCAAUAAAAGGUCCUGAAUUGUCCCAGUAAAAGGUUCCUGGUUUGUCCCAGUAAAUGUUCCUGAUUUUUCCCUGUUUGUCCCAGGUAAAGUUCCUGGUUUGUCCAGGUAAAGUUCCUGGUUUGUCCAGGUAAAGUUCCUGGUUUAUCAAAGGUAAAGUUCCUGGUUUGUCCUAGUAAAAGUUCCUGGUCCAUCCCAGAUAAAGUUCCUGGUUUGUCCUGGUGUGUUUCUGAGUUCCUCUGUGGUUUGUGAGAUUUUCGGCUGUGACAGAUUUCAUCGGACUCGUCGUUUCAUUUGCACAGUUUGGAUGUUUAACGUGUGAAAAUAAAAGUAUAAAGAAACUAA